AUGGCCUGUGUUGCUUUAUCUUCGCUGAUGCGAACAAUAGAGUUGGACUUGCUGAACCCGGGACGAAGUGCGAUAGUUGAGGAUGAAGAACAGGUGAAAUAUCUGUACCAAAGUCUUGGCUUUUUAAAAGAAUUCUUGGACAAGUCCAAGGAUAACGUUGCAGCCAAAAAUCUGGAACCUAAAAUCAAAGAUUCAGUGUUCCAAAUAGAAGACAGAAUCGAAAAGAAACUUGAAACUAUAUACGGAGAAACAUACAGUGAUCCGCAACGACAAAAAGCUCAGAGAAGACUCUCCUCGACCUUAAAACAAGCUAUAAGGGACACUGAUGAUUUGAAGGUCGAAAUUAGGAGGAUACUGUACAGCCCUGUCCAAGAUUUUCCAAGUGCAGAUCCUCAAGCUUCGUGUGGUGGAUCAUCAGAACACGCCGCAGCUUCAGACGUUAUGGAAGGACGUGGCGGGAAAUUUAAAGAGAUAAUGGACCAACUCAUCCCCAAGGGCUCAUCAGGACGAGAAGUAAUUUCGAUUGUCGGGAUGGGAGGUACUGGGAAGACAACUUUAGCAAGAAGGUUGUAUGAAGAUCCAUUGGUUUUGUCACAUUUUGACAUUCUUGGGUGGACUGUUGUUUCCCAAAAACAUGAUGUGCGAAGGAUGUUACUUGACCUCAUUAACAAUGAAGCAGCAAAGAUUGAUAAAGUAACAGAUAGUGAACUGGCAGAAAAACUACAGAAAUGUUUGAGGGGCCAGAGGUAUCUAAUUGUUUUGGAUGACAUAUGGAGCACCAGUUGUUGGGAACAUAUCCAGUUGUGUUUUCCUGAUGACAACUGUGGGAGUCGAAUAUUGUUGACCACUCGACACAAAGAGGUUGCUGAUUGUGCUGAUGACUCAGGUAACCGUCUUCAUACCUUGGGUUUUCUAAAUCAAGAAGACAGUUGGAAUUUAUUUUGCAAAAGCUUUCCUGGAAUACAAAGUUUUUCAUUUGAACUUAAAACAAUCGGGAGGCAGGUUGUUAAUAAAUGCCACGGGUUACCACUGGCGAUUGUUGUAGUUGCAGGAGUUCUGUCCAAACUGAGCCAAACCGUUGAGGAAUGGCAAGUUUUCGAAAACCAAACAAAUUCACUAGUUGUAACUACAGAUCUUAGUGAGCAGUGUUCAAGAAUACUCACCCUGAGUUACAACUACUUACCACUGCAUUUGAAAUCUUGCUUUUUAUAUUUGAGCACUGUCCCACAAGACAAAGCAAUUAUAGUCAAAAGACUUGUAAGGCUAUGGAUUGCAGAGGGGUUCGUGGAGUUAAUAAACAGUGAGAAGCUGGAAGAGGUGGCUCAUGGGUAUCUACAGGAUCUUCUUGAUAGGUGCUUAAUCCUAAUUGAUAACCGGCAUUUCAAUGGCGAAAUCAAGACAUGUAGGAUGCACAACAUGGUACAUGAGUUUUGUGUGAGGGAGGCAAUAAAAGAGAAGCUGCUGAAUGCUGAUAACGAACAACAUCCCUGCGGCGAACUGCAACAAGAAGGAUGUCGUUGGUUAAAUUUCUGGCCAAAGAAGAUCAUACGACGUGAUGGUCUCCGAGACUUGGAUAAUAUCUAUGUACCUCGCUCUAUUUUGUAUUUGCAGCGUACAAGUUAUGCAUCAUCUUCAGAAGUUAAUGAGCCAAAUGAUGACCUAAGAUGGGGUUUAUUGUUAAGAGUUUUGGAAUUUAGUCGUCCAAUCACCUCCGGCUCAUCCUUAAAUUGUAUCUCUCUUCUGAGAUAUCUUGGUAUAUGUCUGGGCGAUUCAUCUCUUCCACUUGGGUAUCUCUUGCAUUUGCUGUCUCGUAGUCAGAAUUUGCAGACUCUUAUUGUGUCACACAAGCCAAACAGCAUCAUUGAUGGGCUUAGUUCUUGCCAUUAUUUGUCAUCUGAAAUGUGGGCAUCGCAGGAGCUAAGUCACGUUGAGUGCAGCUAUUUGAUUUCACUUGAUCCUCCAAAUGAGGUUAAGGAGAAGCUGCACACGCUUUAUUGGUUGAGUCCGCGACAUUGCACAGAGGAAGUGUUUUCCAGGAUUCCAAAUGUCAGAAAGUUGGGGAUUUUUUGUAGACCCGAAACUGAUGAUGGUGGUGAUGAUGAUGAUGUAUUUGUGAUGGUGAUGGUGGUGGUGAUGCGGAUGAUAAUGAUGAUAAUGGUGAUGGUUAUGGUGAUGGUGAUGGUGGUGGUACUGGUAGUGAUAGCGGUGAUGGUGAUGGUGAUGGUGAUGAUGAUGAUGAUGAUGAUGGUAGUAGUGAUUGAUGAUGAUGCUGAUGCUGAUGAUGGUGGUGAUGCUGAUGGUGUUGGUAGGGGUAAUGACGACGACGACGACGAUCGAGAAGUUGGUCUGAACAACAUCUUGGAAAAUCUUCACCAUCUAAAUCAGCUUGAGACACUAAAGAUUAGAGCAAUUAAUCAAAACAUAUGCCUCAGGAAUCCACAAGCCUUUCCGCAGAACCUCAAGGAACUUACAUUAUAUCACACUCGUCUGCGAUGGAAACAUAUAAACAUCAUUGGCAACAUUCCUAGCCUUCAAGUGCUCAAACUGAAACGUGAAGCCGUCUGCGGCGAGACAUGGGAACCAAGCCACGAGGGUUUUUGUCAGUUGAAGUUCUUGCUCAUUGACUACUGCGACCAAUUCCAGUACUGGGAAGCCACUACUCCUUACCAUUACCCUGUCCUUGAGCGCCUAGUCAUUCGUAACUGCCGCUUGUUGAAAGAAUUUCCUGAUAGCUUUGAAGAUAUGAUCAAUUUGCGUUUAAUUGAGAUUAGCAAUUGCAGUCCUCUUUUGAAUUCUGCCUACAGAAUUCAAGAAGCACAAAAAGAACUUGGAAAUGACAAGCUCGUCGUUCGCGAUGCUACACCGCUCUCGAGGCUAGGCCUAGGCCUAGGCCUAGGCCUAGCGCCAAUAAUAGUGCCUGUAGUGGCCAUCGUUGGAUUUGCUGCAUUAUGUCAAAUUAUGUAG